UCCUGUAUUGUCAAGCAGCUUGUAAUGUUUUGCGGGAACGGACUUGUUUAUGUUUCGACUCAAAUAUGGCAUGCAUUCAGUUUGCACUAGACAUCAUGUGGCUAUAUAUGUAAUUAAUUCGCAAUCUGUUAUUUUGUCGCCAGAUUUAUCAUAUCGAUUCGCUGCAGUUCGUGUUGACUGUCUUCCCUUCUUCCUCAGUCGGGUAAACAAAUACUUGAAGGUUGCCGUAUUUUGUUCACACUCAUCUGCAUCCUGUGGCCCCUGGUAGUUGUUUAUCACUCCGAACACUGACCCAUUGUCAUUGUGAUAACGGUGCCCCUUUCGGCUGCGAUAAGGUGUCAGCAUGAGCAAGGCGAAGUCAAGUCGGGACAGAAGGAUCAAUACGCCUGGCGUCACCAGGGUGACCCGCAGUUCUAUCAUCACCACUCAGGACUCUCAGCGCAAUAAACCUACAGAUUCAGGCCUUGUUGAUGAUCUCAGCCUAAUGAGUGUGAGUGAACAGCAGGCCUUGUUAGCACGGGAAGGGAAGUCCUACCAGAGUCCCAGCACCAAAUCUAUUCUCUCCUCAGCCUCUGGCAACUCUGUGCCCCGCGAGGCUUUGGGAACUAUCGGCAGGCUGAUGAAGCUCGGACGGGUGCGAAACAUUGUGGUGGUUGCUGGAGCAGGGAUCAGCACAGCCAGCGGUAUACCAGACUUCAGGACGCCAGGGACGGGUCUUUAUGCAAACCUUGCGAAGUAUGACAUCCCUUAUCCAGAGGCCAUCUUUAACAUUGACUACUUCUCUGAAAAUCCUCAUCCUUUCUUCUCAUUGGCUAAAGAGCUGUACCCUGGACACCACCGUCCAAACUACGUUCACUAUUUCAUCCGUAUGCUGCAUCAGAAGGGCCUGUUGCUCCGCAUGUACACUCAGAACAUCGAUGGACUUGAAAAGCUGUGCGGUAUCCCAGAUGAAAAACUCGUGGAGGCUCAUGGGAGUUUUGCUACUGCUGCCUGUCACCUUUGCUAUACGCCAUAUCCUGCAGAUGAAGCCAAGCAAGCUAUAAUGAACGGCAACGUACCCAUCUGUACUUUUUGUGCCGGGGCAGUCAAACCUAAUGUUGUUUUCUUUGGAGAGGAUCUGCCAGAAAAGUACUUUCAACAUGCCGAAGAUUUCCCAAAAGCUGACCUUCUCAUGAUCAUGGGCACUUCUUUAAAGAUUGAGCCCUUCGCCAGCCUGAUUAACACCGUAAAGUCCACAGUGCCUCGUCUAUUGCUGAACCGCGAUGCGGUCGGGCCCUUUGAACGGCGGCCCCUGAAGAGGGGCGACUACAUGGAGCUAGGGGAUCUCUCCGAUUCGGUCCGAAAACUUGCAGAGAUCCUGGGGUGGCAUACUGAGAUCCAAGACCUGAUGAACAGCCAGGAAAAUGGUGUUUGUUCCUAUACUGACCCCAGCAGUAGCAGCGGUGAGAACAGUGACUGCUCUGAGACCGAUAGCAUGCAUUAAUAUCAUCCACAGAGAUGCUCUGUACGUUUAAAAUAACCUUGGCUAUGGAAUGGAGACCUGGCAAGGGUUCAAUACCUGCAUUCAUGUUUUAUGUCAGUGUAGUUUUACUGUAUUUGUACCAGCAGAAAUCUGUGUCUGCUGCUAAUUUUGACUGAAAACCCAUAUCAGAAUAUCUUGGAAAAUCUGGCUCUUUUAAAGUCCGUAAUGUAUACGCAGAGAGAUGGCUAUAAUUGUACAUUUUUAUCAGGCCCUGUUACUACAUUGGGGAAAAACUACAAACAUGGCACUUACUUUUGAUUGUUUUUAAUAAUUUAGUAUGGCUAAUUAUCUCUGGGCAAGCCAAGAAUGUAUUACGUCAAGGUUCCUUCAGCAUUCUACAAACUUUAUUUGAGAUUUUAAUCUGUUUGGAAUAGUUGGUGGUAUAUUUUGGUGCAGAAAGGAGUUUUUUUGUAAAGGAUUGGGAAUAUUGUGUGUUUGUGAAUUUUAUAAAUGUGAGUCUAUAUAUUCAUGUUUGUUAGUUGUAGGUUAUUGCAUAGUCUGCGAGUCCUGGUUUGGCCCCAGUGAGCGAACUGUGCUAAAUUAGCAUGGGAGGCGUGACCUCCCAAGUGUGCAGUGCCCCCACUGUGUGUUUUCACAGGCACUGUAGCCUCCAAGCGGGAGCUCCAACCCCCCCACAACUCUAAUAAAUGUCUUUGGUCAGCCACAAAGAACCCCAAUAUCCUGCUGCUGCUGUUUGUGUGUGUGUGUGUGUGUGUGUAAGGUUCUGUCUAUGAGUGUAGUUCCAUUUUGCACAGGAUCAGUGAAGUCGCUGGUAAUUGCGUUGAGAUCAUAUCUGUUCAUGUCCCGCAAGGAUUUUGAAAGGAGUUUGGCAUGUUUUGGAAAAUGUGGACAAAAUGCCUGAAUGCCCAUUUAAAUGUUUCAAUCCAUCAAUUUUUUUUUUAUUUAUUCAUAUGUGCAGACUGUCAUGUUUGGUUAAAGCCUGUUAACCAGCGGUUUUUGUCAGUGUUUCUGAUUCAUGCAAUGGUUUAAUUUUUUUUUUUUAAUUUAACCAAGUGCCUCUCCAGUUGAAUAUAUGAAUGUCAAUAGUUUGAGCUUGCAUUUAACUUGACAUUGCUAUUUGUGCUUUGAAUAUUAAAACGCUUGUUUUCUGUUCGGUAUUUUUUUUUUUAUAUUACCUUGUUAAUAGACGUUUCAUCUAAUAGUAUUUAAUAAAAAAUAUUCAUAUUUGUCUCUUCA